AUGGAGCGCCCACUUACUGAUAUGGACGACUGUCCCGUGGCGCUGACGCAAAACCUCGUUCACAUCAACUCCGCAAGUCCAACCCUUGGUAGUGUCGGCGGUCCCGGAGAGACUGAGAUCGCGACUUAUGUAGCGUCGUGGCUUCGAAGCCGCGAUAUCGAGGUUCAUUGGAUUGAACCUACCAAAGGCCGGCCUUCAGUCGUUGGUGUAGCUCGCGGCUCAGGUGGGGGCAAAAACCUCAUGUUCAAUGGCCAUCUCGACACAGUUGCGUUGCUUGGCUAUGAGGGUGACCCCUUGAGUGGGAAAAUCGAAGACGGGAAGCUUUACGGCCGCGGCGCUGCGGACAUGAAGUAUGGACUAGCAGCGGCUAUGGUGGCUUUGGUCAAUGCGAAAAACCUCAACCUUAGAGGUGAUGUUAUAUUCGCGGGUGUAGCUGAUGAAGAAGAUACUAGUAUCGGAACGGAGGACAUAUUGCGCGCUGGAUGGACGGCUGAUGCUGCUGUUGUUAACGAACCGACGAAUCUUGAAAUUAUACACGCUCAUCGGGGCUUUGUGUGGUUCGAAGCCAAUAUUCAUGGCGUUGCAUAUCAUGGCUCCAGUCCGGAUAUGGGUGUCGACGCGAUCUCCAAGGCUGGCCAUUUCUUAGCAGAAUUGGAUCGCUAUGCUGAUCGGCUUGCGAUUAGAAAGAGUGGUUACGCUGGUAGCCUUUCCGUGCACGCUUCAACCAUCAAAGGAGGUGAAGAAAUUUCCUCAUACCCAGCAAACUGCACAAUCACCAUUGAGCGACGUACAGUACCAGGAGAAACACCUGCGAGCGUUGAAGAAGAGCUUGUCGAAAUCCUGGGGCGAAUUUCGAAGUCAACGCCAAAGUUUAAAUACGACAUCAAAGCGACGUUUAACCGAUCUCCAUUUGAGCUCUCAACCGACCAUGAGUUUUCUCAACUUGUGGGAGAGACACUUCAGUCUACGACUGGGGAAAAGUUGCCUUUCAAAGCGGCUCCCUACUGGCCUGAUUGUGCUUUGUUGGCCGAUGCAGGCAUUCCUGCGCUCUUGUGGGGACCGAAGGAAGAUGGAUUGCACUCCAAGAAGGAAUGGAUUGAGGUAGAGUCCAUCAAGACUGUUGCUCAGGGUCUGACUGCGAUUGCAGCCAAGUUUUGUAAAUAG